UAGUAGUAAAGAUAAAUCCAAGGGUUUUCAUUCUGGAAGACUCAGUGAUAUAUCCAAAGGGAAAAUGUCUACUGAUGAGAAACUGGACAAUAUAUUCACUAUACUGUCAACGAUGAAGGAGGAUAUGUGUCAACAGAUGAUAAGUUUAAGAGAAGAAAUCAGACGAGAAAACAGAGAACUGAUAGAGAGAUUGGAGGGUCGUGUGUUCGACUUAGAGGAGCAAAAUGAGGACUUGAAACAAACAGUUACCAAGCUUGAACAACAUUUAUCAGACUCGGAAGAUAAAAGGAUAGAAUUGGAAAUCAAACAAAAUGAUCUGGAGCAGCACGGGAGAAAAAACUCUAUCAGGAUAGUUGGACUGGAAGAUUCUAAUAGAAAUGAGACUGUAGAAGAUUGUGUUGGAAAGAUUGUGAGUUUUGUGAAGGACAAGUUGAAAGUUGCGAUCUGCAAAUCUGACAUAGACAUUGCACACAGACUUGGGCCUUUUCAGCGAGGUAAACCACGUAGCAUUAUCUGCAAGUUCACUCACAGAAGGAAGAAGAUAGAGAUUAUCCAGGGAAGGAAAGUGUUGAAGGGAUCUGGGAUAUACAUCACAGAGGACUUGACUCGAAUAAAUCAACAGAGACUAAAGGCUGCUUUCGAACUCCAAUGUGUUGAGCGUUCAUGGAGUAUGGAUGGAAAACUGUUUGUGUUGUUGAAAUCUGGAAAAAAAAGGAGAAUUUAUGCUGAUACAAUUUUGUCGGAGGCCUUUUUGAUGGACGAUAACAAUUUCCGCUAGUACUGCUGACUUCCGGUUUCACUUCUUGCUUUAUUUAUGCGGAGUGGAAUAUUGUGAAAGUAUGCAUGGAUGAAAAGGAAACAAAUGUGCAAGGUGUAAGAGUACAGGUAAAGCAAGUAGAAUAUGAUUUAGGUAUAGUCGAUAGUGUGUCAUUUCUUUCUCUUUUUCUCAUUUUUUGUUUGAUCUCAUCUAUGUUUUUCUGUGUUUUUUCCUUAUGUCUAUCACUGCUUCCUUUCCUUUUCUUCUUGAGUGUCAGAUUUGUUACUAUUCUGCUGCUGGCAAGG